ACAUACGGCCUGAAGCGAGACCUGAAGGAGCACCUGGUCCUGCACACCGGAGAGAAACCCUACACCUGUGAGAACUGUGGGAAAUCCUUCGCACGACGCCCCUCGCUGCGCAUCCACCGCCUGCUGCACUGCAGCAGGAAGGUCUACAUGCUGUCGCCAAAGGUGCAGUGCUCCGUCUGCUCCAAGGAGCUGGCCAACCCCAACUCCCUGAGGACCCACAUGAAGCUGCACACCGGGGAGAAGCCGCACAUCUGCCAGCACUGCGGGAAGCGCUUCAGACAGAAAGGGAACCUGGAGAGCCAUCUGAGGGUUCACAGCGGGGAGAAACCGUUCCACUGCCCCGAGUGCCUGCAGACUUUCACUCAGAAGUCAGAUCUCCAGCGGCACAUGUUCACCCACGCUGAGGGAGGGUUUCUCUGUAGCUACUGUGGGAAAUCUCUGAGGGACCCCCACAGUCUGAGAUACCAUGAGCGGCUGCACACUGGAGAGAGACCCCAUCGCUGCUCAAUCUGUGGCAAAGGCUACACCAUGGCGACCAAACUGAGGAGACACAUGAGGUCUUCCCACCUGAAGGAGAAACCGUACAGUUGCUCCUGCGGCGCCUCGUACACCUUGAGGCAGAGUCUGCUUCGGCACGAGGCUCAGCACCGGCCCAAGACAGAAGGACCGAGCAAAGCAGGUCCAGAGGAACCGGUGGGUUCGGGCUGCAGCCACCUGAAACCGACCCGAGGAAGACCGAGGAAGACCGGGCUUCACCUGGAGACCAGAGGAAAGGAUGAACCGCGGGAAAAGACGAGGAAACUCUGAAAACAUCAGAGGCUGCAGGCGACGUCCAGCACACCGUCAUUUACGUCCACACAGACGAGCUGCCUGCAGGGGCGCAGCCGGAGCUGGUGGAGGUGCUGCUGCCUGACGGCGCGGAGCAAUGCAUUCUGGUCCAGGGGCAGCAGCGGCUGGGAGAGCUGCUGAUCCUGCAGGAGGAGCCGGACGGACUCUGCAACGUGGCGGAGACCAUUGAGAUAGACACGGUGUAACCCGAAGCCUGAGGACGCCGACGAUCAAUCAGGUGAUCGAUUAAUGAGAUCACCCCUUCCAUCAGCCGACCUCGUCUGCAUUUCACCUCGUUUAUUAGGAAAAAUGUCUUUGAGGAAACUCCAGUCAACAGAUGUGAAUGAAUUGAAGCUGAUUAACUCCUGAUACUCAGUUUUCAUGAACUUUGUGCCGUUUUUGCUGUCAAAGGGGCAGAACUUUGUUAAACUGACGUUUUUAUGUUAAACCCUCAUCAGAAACACCUGGAGUGUUGACAUGCUUCUUCCACGCAUGUUUGAGAAGUAGUUUAAUUUCUAUGACAACCAGUUUAGCCGGUGUUUCGACUGUUUUGCAGUUUUAUGGAAGUUUGUUCCAGAUUAAUGAAGCAUAAAGUUGUCUAGAUAUUUCUGGGAGUCUUUUAAUCCUGGAAAUGUUCUUCAGCUGGCAAAAAUCUACUUUGUAGAUGAAUUUAUGUUUCUGGAGGUUCCGGUCUGAGUUUUAAAACUCAA